UUUUUAGUGUUUUAGGACUCUCUCUCUUUCUCUACAACCUCCAACAUUGUUGUUAACGUUGAUCCAACAAAUCUUAACCGUCCGCGGCGCCAACCCCAUUUUAUAAUUCAAAACUUUGAUUACAAUUGGCAUUUGGCAGCAAGAAGAAAAUUUUGGCACUGCCACUGGGGGUUUCAAUUCCCCAUUUCAAAUUUUCCUGCGAAGCACUCUCACAUUUUGUUGCUUAAAAAAUUCGAAAGUCUUCUUUUUUUAAGGGUAAAACAGAGACCAAGUUGCUGACACGUCUUUUCCCACUUUUGUUUUUUCAAUUCUGAUUCAUUGCCUCAUUGUAACUAUACCUCACUGCUUUGAAUUCAAUUCACUACUUUUGCUCUUUUUCUUUUUCCUGUUUGUGAUAAGGUUAUGCUUCUCUUCUUUCUUUUUGGGUUGUGAAUUGUGGUCUUAUAUAUCCUGCAUCACUUUCUGUGUGUUCACUUCUGUUGUACAUGUCUGGUUUUUGUGUUUGAAACUUGACAACCGUACGUGUAGGUUUCUGGGUUUAUUCAUUAUGGCUUGGAGGAAUCUGGGAUCCCUUUGUUCUUUUUGGAAUUUCCGGAGUAUCUUUCAGAGCAGAACCACAGAAAUUGAACUGGGAACUCACACAAUCAAAUCUCAUGGAGCUGCACUUGCAAAGAAUCACAUGCAUGAUUGGCUUAUACUGCUGCUUCUUGCAGUUAUAGAGGUCAUCUUGUUCAUCAUUCAACCCUUCCACCGUUUUGUGGGAAAGGAUAUGAUGACAGACCUUAAAUAUCCCAUGAAAGGGAACACAGUGCCUGUGUGGGCUGUCCCUAUGUAUGCAGUUUUGUUGCCUAUUGCCGUUUUCGUUUUGUUCUAUGCACGUAGGAAAGAUGUCUAUGAUCUGCACCACAGCACUCUAGGCCUCUUAUUUGCUGUGCUGAUUACUGGGGUUGUCACGGAUGCAAUUAAAAAUGCGGUUGGCCGGCCUCGACCAGAUUUCUUUUGGCGUUGCUUUCCUGAUGGAAAAGAUGUUUAUGAUCAGUGGGGAGGUGUACUGUGCCAUGGUAAGGAUAGUGACAUAAAGGAAGGACAUAAGAGUUUCCCAAGUGGUCAUGCUUCAUGGUCCUUUGCAGGUUUAGGCUUUCUCUCAUUGUACUUAUGUGGAAAGAUUAAAGCAUUUGAUCGGAAAGGGCACGUGGCAAAAUUGUGCAUUGUCUUCCUUCCUCUACUUGCUGCAUCUCUUGUUGGCAUUUCUAGAGUAGAUGACUAUUGGCAUCAUUGGCAGGACGUGUUUGCCGGAGGCCUUUUAGGACUUGUUGUGGCUGCAUUUUGUUACCGGCAAUUCUUCCCUUCCCCUUUUAAUGAUGAAGGAUGGGGUCCUUAUGCAUAUUUCAAAGCAUUGGAGGAGACGCGGAGCAAUACACAUGCGGCCAGUCCUGUGAAUGCACUUAGUGUGCAGGUGAUGGGGGCUCAGAAUGUGAAUGAACGACGUAGGCAAAAUGGGGAUCCAUUUGCAGCAUUAUCCGCAGACCGCUAUACAAGCAUUAGGCUGGAUGAAAUAGAAUCAGGGGCGAAGUGAUAUUUUUUGUACAUGUUGUUGCUUUGUUUAGGUCCGCGUGUUGCUUGCUUGGAAUAUGUAGAUACCAGUUGAAAGACAACAAACAGUGUAGACUAGAAGUUAGUUUUAGCACCAUAUACAGAGCUUAGUUUGAUAUUGAUAGUUCUGUGAAUCCAUUCAUGCAUGCUUUAUAUUUCUUGGAACCACAGAAUGAAGCCACACUUGCACAA